CGCCAUCCCGCGGCCCCGAGCUGCGGCCUGCUGGCGGGCGGGACCUGUUUCCUCUCCGGGCGGGCGCUGCGCUGGCUGCGGGCGGAGCUGCUGCUCUGCGGCGGUGGGAUCGGUCCUGCCAGCGGCCUGCCCGCCUGCGGCGCUCACCCGCAUCUGUCUUCGACGGGAAACCGGUGUGCGACGGCCCGUUGCCAGUGCUAGAGCCCGUUUGUAAGACGAUUGGAAUAACAAAUCAUCAUCACCCCACCAGCUGUUUGACACUUCUCAUACAUACUGGGUUUUACAGUUGUGACAUUUCUGUGAACGUGCCUUCUGGUUUGCACGUUCACGGUCUGCAAGCCAUUGCAAUCUCACUACAUUGCAGCAAGAACGUUAGUCAAAUUCAGACUUAGUUUCAUAAAAUGUUAUUUAUUUAUUUAUUUUUGAAAGAGAGAAGUGUUAAUUUAGCGAGCUUUUAAUGGCACUUGAAAUUUGCUAAGAGUGUGGAAGUAUAGAUGUAGCACUGCUUUCUAGCCAACCCACUCAAGUGCAGAAUCUCUUAAAGCAUUGUUGGGUGUACUUCCAUGUUUUUAAGUGGGUGGCAUGAGGUUGUCAGUCUAUUUAUGAUGUAAAUCCCUGUUCUCUGAAGUCCUUGCUCAGAUUAUGAAUUGGCCCUUGCAUCCUGAAAGUCACUGUAUUCAUUCAGUUAAACAGUUGGAUGGCUUAUCUACCGGUCCUGCUCCUUCUUGAUUGUUUAAUGUGAAGUCAGUAAAAAUGUGUUAUCAGAUCUUGCUUUUCUGUUUAAGGACUUCUUGAAGUGUCUGGUUUUAACCAGUGAAGGUUGUAUGUUGUAUACGUGAUACAUCGUAGAGAACUUGCCAUUUAUCAUCGAAGAAGUUCUGAGGAGAUCUGUUCUGAAUGCUGUUUAAGGAUUGGGAUGAAAUUCAGAAAUACUACAGAUUAAAUACAUCGGCAAGUAGCAGGGCAGCGGAUUUGACUUUUCAAGACAUGAAGGCCUUACAAAGAAAAUCCUGCCCUUGAAUUUCUUCUUGCUUCUGGCAUUGCUUUCACAUCUGUUAAGAAGAUAGAUUAAAGUGUGUCCAGCUGGGAUGGAGUUAACUUUCUUCAUAGCAGCCGAUACGGUGUUCCGGAUUUUUGGCUAAACAGUGCUGACGACACCAGUGUUUUGGCUUUCCCUACGCAGCCUUUGCACAAGGUCAAGGUUUUCUUUUUCCCAUUCAGCUACUCCAGCUGGUAGACAGGGAGUGGCCAAGAGGUUGUGAGAGCAUAGCCAAGGCAGCUGACCCAGGUUAUCUGAAGAAAUGUUUUGUACCAUAUAGUGUCCUGCUCAGCAGCACAAGCUGAGGUAGGGGAAGAUUUUUGUUCGCUGGAUUUUUUUGGGGAAAGGGAGGCAGGGUAUGUUUUUGGCUUUUAAGGUGGCUGUUGUUCUGAGGCAGAUCUUCUUCAUGUAGGAGUUGGUGAGUGAUUUCCUUUGUUUUGCUUUUUUUUUUUUAAUCUUUCCUUUACAUGUUAAAUUGUUUUUAUCGUGACCAAGAGUUUUCUUGCAUCCAUUCUUAUUUUCUUCCCUGUCCUGUUGAUGGGGAUGUGGAGUAAACAAUCAACUGCGUGGCUGCUGGCUGGAGUCAGUUCACUGCAAAAAUACAGAGGGCUGAUGAUCUUCAGUACAAGUAUUAAACAGGCAUUUGUUUUGGUUAGUUGUGUUUAUAAAUUGCUGAUGUAGAAGUGACCAGAAUGUGUUAGUUACAGAAUUUGGUCUUUGCUGUUGCUUUUCUGGACUUUGUGAAAUGAGAGUUACUGUGAUCAGCAGCUAAGUUGACAUCAGGAUCUAAUGGUUUCUACUUGUUACUGAACAAGGGUUUUUGCAGGAGAUGUUUGCAGAUGCUUGUUAACAGGGCCUUGGGUUCUUGUUCUUUUUAAAUGGAUGUAGUUGUGUGCUCUGGAAGCUUAUCUUUGUUCUGACAGUAUUGCACUGUGUGUUGCGUGUCAUUAGAUGAUAAUGUUGACAAUUUGGAUGUGAUCAAGUCAGUGUAUUAAGUGAUUUUGAAAGGCAGUUAAUAUUUAGGGAAGAUACUGAAUUCUGCUUUGUGAACUGAGGAGCUCGUUGAAGUUUCUUCUCACUACAUGUGUUUGCUCUUUUGAUUGUCUUCACUCCUUAUGCUAAGUAUGGUGCUGGACUGGUGAGUAGCAUACUCUUGUGAACUAUGAAAGAAGGUGGACUGUGGAAGAAUGGACACGUACUGUAAUCUUGAGAUGGACUUACGCAUCUUUCAAGAACUCAAAGACUUGAGGGUUAUCCCUGAUAUGUAGUCGGUCUGUUUGAUUUCAGCGGUUUGGUAUGACACAGUUGAUGAAUCUCAUCGUGUUUUCAUCAUUUGCAGAAGUCAACUUUUGAAUAUCCUUUGCUUUGGAAACACAAAAGAUGUAAUGUUCCUUGGAACAUGGAAGGAGGCCUUCAUUUUAUCACAGAUUGUGGUUUCAUUACAUGCUUGGCUUUAAUAUUAGCCGCUGCUCUGGAAGCUGCAGCAAUGUAGCAAAGUUUGUAAACCGAAGUACAGAUAUCAGCCAUUAAUUAUGUUUCAUUUUCUUUCCACAGUUAAGUUGAUUUUACAGAAUUUAUCAGGUCUUCCAAGCAGAAACAGGUAAGCUGCCGAAAGCUUAACACUUCUCACUGAGUAUUGUGACAAGAUCGUACAUGGCAGUUUAUUCGCACAGACUUGUGGCUGGGAUCUAGGAUAUACUCUCCUGAGUGCAUGUGGCUGCUGCAAUUAAUACUCUGACUACAUGAAAGAGACAACAUUUCUGAACGCUGAGAAAAACACGUGAUUGCAGAACUGAUCACUGGUUAGAGCAACUUGUCAAAGCAGUAAAGUCAUCACUGCUGUUGAAUUACUUCAUUUUCCAGUAUCACAGUUACCCUUUUUCUUUUCUCCUUUUUUCAUCUAGUAUUUUUAGUGUUUAUGUUCACAAAUGUCCUGUUCAAAAGUAAACAGGAAUUUUUGUUCCUUAGGACUGGUCUGAGAUCUCUGGCAUACAGCAGCUGUGCCGUGAAAGACUGUAGGCGUUCUUCAGGUGAUUUUUGCUGUGGGUUGAGCUCAGCAUGGCUGUAGUCAUCCGUUUGCAGGGGCUUCCUGUUGUUGCGGGUCCUGCAGAUAUCCGUCGUUUCUUCUUGGGAUUGAAUAUUCCCGAUGGAGGUGUGCAUAUUAUUGGAGGAGAAAUUGGGGAGGCUUUUAUUAUAUUUGCAACAGAUGAAGAUGCACGGCGUGCCAUGAGCUGUUCGGGAGGGUUUAUCAAAGACUCCCGCAUAGAGCUCUUUCUCAGCAGCAAGGCAGAAAUGCAGAAUACCAUAGAAAUGAGCCGGAAGCGAUUUGACCGUGGGGGACGAGAAGCUAUGCCUGGGUCUAGACGAACAGGUCCUAAUGGUUCUGGUGGAUCAGGUGUUGGAGAUGUUCCACAUUUAGUUGCAGCAUUUACAAAAGGGAUAAAUAAGCCUGGUUACGGUCCACCAAAUCAUCCAGAGGCUGGCUUCCACACCAAUGGCACGAGACAAGGUGAUGUAGGUAUGCCUAAAUCAGGCUAUCAGUCAAGAAAGGAUUCUCAUGCAUUUAACCCAGAUGAUCUUUACUUAUUUCUACGUGGUAUACCUUACUCUGCAACAGAAGAUGCAGUACGCGAUUUCCUUUCCGGGAUACGUGUGGAUGGAGUCAUUCUGAUUAAGCAUCGUAAUGGUUUAAAUAAUGGUAAUUGCUUGGUAAAAUUUGCUACGCCUGGUGAUGCCUUAGAAGGACUUAAACGGCACAGACAGUAUAUGGGUCAGAGGUUUAUAGAAAUAAGUCCAACUACGGAGGAACGGUGGAUUGAAUAUGGUGGGAGGGUAGACAUGCCAAAUGAGAUGGAUCAUUUUUUCUGCAAAGAACAUUCUCCAAGAAGUUCGGGCUACAUGCAUGCAAGGAAACAUUCUCAUUCAAGGUCACCUAGGAGACAAAGAACACGUUCUCGAUCACCUUCCGGCCAGGAAUAUUACAUACACUUAAGGAAUCUAUCAACUAAUGUGGAGAAGAGAGAUUUGAGAGAAUUUUUCCCUGAUCUGGAUAUAAGCAACAAACAAAUAAAGAUUUUAUCGGAAAAGCAUCAGAGGAGGACUAGAGAUGCCUUUGUGAUGUUAAGGAACGAGAGAGAUUAUCAGGCUGCUUUGGAAUGUCAUAGAAAGGUUCUUCUCAAUCGUUCUGUUUACAUUUUUCCAAUUUCGAGAAAGUCAAUGUUGAAAAUGCUUGAUUCUUACGAGAGGAAAAGAUCACAGGAAAGAGCUCAUCCUGGGCAGGCCAUAACAGAAAAAAGUUAUCGGGAAGGUCAUUCUGGCCUGAAGAUAUGUGCUUACGUAAGGAAUUUUCCAUUUGAUGUGACCAAAGUUGAAGUGCGAAGGUUUUUUGAGAGGUUUGAUAUUGAUGAAGAUGAUAUUUACUUGCUCUAUGAUGACAAAGGAGUUGGGCUGGGAGAGGCAUUAGUGAAGUUUAAAUCUGAAGAACAAGCCAUGAAAGCAGAAAAUUUAAAUCAUCAAAGGUAUUUGGGAACAGAGGUAUUACUAAGACUUAUAUCUGAAGAGCAGAUGCAGAAGUUUGGUGUAAGUGCUCCAUUCUCUACACCCAAUGAAAUGCAGGGUCAUUCACAUGCGUAUAACAGAGGUGAGCUGUCCCGUCCGGUCGGCUCACCUGGACCACCACAAGGGCCACCCAUGCAUUCAUUUGGUCCUCCUGGGAACUUCAGGCAUCCUUCUGAAUUUAGGCACCCCCCUGAGAAUUUCAUGGGCCCUCCUAAGGAUUUUAGAGGUCCACCGCCCCUCAUGGAUUUUGGUGGUGACAGCAAACCUUUUGGCAGAAUGGAAUUCGGGAAUAAUAAAAUGGGAAAUUUUCCUGAAGGAAGAUUUAUGCCGGACCCAAAUUUCAGUGGUGGUUCUGACCGGAUUGUUCCUAUCCGCUUGAAAAACUUACCUUUUAAAGCGACUCCUAAUGAGAUUCUGGAUUUUUUCUAUGGCUACAGAGUUAUACCAGAGUCUGUUUCUGUACAGUACAAUGAACAAGGAUUACCUUCAGGUGAUGCCAUCGUCGCUAUGACAAACUAUGAGGAAGCUAUGACUGCUAUUAAUGAAUUGAACGAUAGGCCAAUUGGUCCACGGAAGGUUAAGCUGAGUUUGCUGUAAAGGAAGUAAAGAUGCUCUAGAAUAAAACAUUAUAGAUUUGACAGUA